AUGGACAAUAUGACUCCCGACCCCUCCCCUCCCAACCCUUUGUCUAUCGACGAGAUUCAAGCUCAGAUCGACCAUCUCGAGCAGAGUCACCGGGAAAAGGGGUUCCCUCUCUCUGGUCGAAUCAUUCACCUGUGCCAUCAUCUCCCCGUCGAGAUCACCCGGGUCCUUCCCGCUCCCUCUGCUCCUGCUUCCGGAGCCGACACUCCCAACAACGACGAGGACGGCUACCUUUCCCCCUCGAUUCGCACCACUUCCAACUAUGCCGGUGGUGUCCUCCCCCCUCAACGUAUGGAAGAAUUCAAGGAGCCUCACAGCACCACGGUCGUCGCUAGCGAUUCCAAUUGGAAACUCGCCAGCCGGAGGGGUCACACGGCCAUGAUCUCGGGAAUGAGGUCGUUGAGCACGACGCACGAACAGAUCGUCGUCGCCUGGACUGGGGACGUCUUGCAGGAGUACGCCAAGGAUCCUAAACGAGCGCCCGCACCGGCUCCAGUCAGGCCGACGCCGAAACGGCUACAGUCCAUCGCGGGUACCGCACCUGGACGAGACACUCCGGCUCAACCGGACAUGUCAUUGGGCACGUCGAUCACCCCUACGCCCAUCUCUAGCCAGACCCCGGAGGAAGAGGAGGAACGUCCUCUUCCCGUCGACGAACAACCUUCGGUCUACAUGGCCGAACUGACGGAAGAGGAGCAGAAGGGUCUGCAAGAGGAGUUGCACAAAUUCAGCGAUCACGAGGUCAAGAAUGAUAACGCGGGGAGGAUGACUUAUGCGCCGGUGUUCGUUCCCCGAGGGACCGCUAAGGGGCAUUACGAAGGUUACUGUAAAACCACUCUCUGGCCCUUGUUCCACUACUUGCUCUGGCAAGACUCUCCCGUCUCGCUUCCCGCCCCGGAUCCAACGUGGCAGGCUUACCAGGAGACCAACCUCUUAUUCGCCAAGCGGGUCGCCGAGCUGUACAAGCCCGGUGACUUGAUCAUCGUACACGAUUACCACCUCUUGCUCGUUCCCAAGAUGAUCAGGGAGUGCUUGCACCAGGUCUCUCCCUAUGUCCCGCUCCACAACCAGCCGGUCGAAAAACCCGUCGUUCCGGAGGGUAGUCAGGCUACGCCGAUGGCUCAGGACGGAAGACCUGUAACAACUGCGGAUGGGAAACCAACCAGCCCGAUGACUCUGGGUAAUCUCGGAGGGGAGACAAGGGAGCAGGGAGAGUUGGCUAUCGGAAUGUUUAUCCAUACCCCUUGGCCCAGUUCGGAAAUCUUCAGGUGUCUGCCCAAGCGCAAGGAGAUCCUCGAGGGUAUGCUCGGUGCCAACCUCGUCUGCUUCCAGACCUAUUCGUACUCGCGACACUUUGCUUCGACCUGUAUCCGGGUCUGCGGUUACGAGUCGACCCCGGGCGGGAUUGAUGCCAAUGGACAGGUCACUGCGAUCACUUAUUGCCCUAUCGGGAUCGACGUCAACAGGGUCACCUCGGACCGUGACCGAUCGGGAGUCGACCCCAAGACCCAAGCCCUUCGUUCGCUCUACAAGGGCAAGAAGAUCAUUGUCGGACGAGAAAAGCUCGACGUCGCCAAGGGCGUAUACAACAAGCUCCAAGCCUUCGAGAAGUUCUUGCAGGUCUACCCCGAGUGGAGGGGUAAGGUUGUCCUCAUCCAGGUCACCACCCCGGCCUUGUCUGAGCAGCCCAACUUGGAGACAAAGGUCGCCGAGCUCGUCAGCCACAUCAACGGUGCUUAUGGUACCCUUGACUAUGCUCCGGUUCAUCACUACCACCAGGCCAUCGACCGGGACGAGUACUUUGGGUUGCUCUCUGCUGCCGAUUUGGCCCUUAUCACCUCUUUGCGGGACGGUAUGAACACCACCUCGAUGGAGUUUAUUCUCUGCCAGGACAAAUCGAACAAGUCACCCCUGGUCCUCUCCGAGUUCAUGGGUACCGCGUCGUCCUUUACCUCGGCCUUGCAGAUCAACCCUCACGACCUCCUCGGCGUUGCCCACGCGAUCAACAAGGGUCUUAACAUGUCCGACGGCGAAAAGGAGCAGAGGCAUACGAGCAUGAUGGAGAGCGUCAAGAGUCACACCAGUCAUCACUGGGCUCGAACGCUCUUGAAGCAGGUCCUCGAAAACGUCGGAUCUGAGCACCAGGCUCAUCAGACUCCUGCUCUCGACAAGAGCGCGCUUAGGACCGCUUACCAGAAGGCUUCCAAGAGGUUGAUGUUGUUCGAUUAUGAUGGAACCCUCACCCCCAUCGUCAAGGUCCCCUCGCAGGCCAUUCCUACCGAUCGCACCCGAGCGGCCAUCAGAAACCUAUGUGAAGACCCCAAGAACGUCGUCUGGCUCAUCUCGGGUCGAGACGGUGCCUUCUUGGAGGAGCAUUGGGGCAUGGUCCCUAACCUCGGUCUGUCUGCCGAGCACGGCUCGUUCAUCAAGAUGCCCGGUAGCGACGAGUGGGUCAAUAUGACCGAGGCUCUCGACAUGAGCUGGAUGUCCGAGGUUGAGGAGAUCUUCAAGUACUACACCGAGAGGACGACCGGAUCCACGAUUGAGAUGAAGAAGGCUUCCGUCACUUGGCACUACCGUCAAGCUGACCCUGUCUUUGGAGAGUUCCAGAGCAAGCAGUGUCUCGACCUGCUCGAGUCAAGUGUCGCCCCUCGUCGACCUAUCGAAGUCAUGGUCGGCAAGAAGAACAUCGAGUGCCGUGUCUUGGCGAUCAACAAGGGAGAGAUUGUCAAGCGAAUCAUCUAUCAGAACCCGGACGCCGACUUCCUGUUCUGUGUCGGAGAUGACAAGACCGACGAGGACAUGCACAAGGCCGCUCGAAGCGUGCUGCCGCCAGGAGGCAGGUACGCCGAUGGCAAGGCUGUCACAAUGAAGGCUCCCGUUGCCGUCACCGCUUGUCUCGACGAAGACGAGGCUGAGAAGUUGCCCGAGGUCGAGCUCAAGAUCGACGGUAGCGGAGUCUUCUCGGUCAGCGUCGGUCCCAGCACCAAGAGGACUCUGGCCAGCGCGCACUUGACUAGCCCCGAGGAGGUCAUCUUUGCCAUGGAGGGUGUGCUAUAA